AUGGAGAGCGUGCCCGUUGGGUCAGCCCCCAGCAGCGUCGGCAACAUUACACGACAGUUUUCCCGUGAAAAUAAGAGAGAAGAGCCGAGAAAGGGCAAAUCCAAACAGAUCUUCAUGAAUACAUUAAAAUAUCUACAAACUCAUGAAUAUCUCCUGGAUGUGGAUGUAUGGAGACUUUUUGCAAACCCAAAGGAGUUGAGUCAGACAAGCUUUGGUUUUAUGAACAGUUUUUCUAGCAUCAUCAAGGCCUAUGCCAAGCUUACGGAGACCUCACUGCCGUUGGAUAUCAUUUCUGAGCUCACAAAGUCUCUAAGAGUUUCUUGUGUCCAGGCUUCUCAAUGCCUUAAUAGGAGAAAUGAUAUUCUGAUAUGUCUGCUUUUGUCUUCACAGUGGUGUGAGCAAAAUGAACAGUGCGGACGGCUUCACCUGCCUAAGCUCCGAGUGGCCCUGCUGCACAGGCUGACUCAGUACCCCUUGUUACUGAAGAAUAUCUGGGAACGGAGUAGAGACUCUCCAGAGAAAAUCACGAUCUAUGCCAUCAAGGAAAAGGUGGAGAAGUCACUCAGUAAGAAUCUUGAAGGAAAAGUGAAGUGGCUUGACAAUUUCCAAAAAUGUAGACAUCUACAGGAGACUACAGUGUGGCUUCCACUUUGGGAUAGAGAUAAAAGAUUUUUCAUUCCAGAGUGCCUGAAAUGUAUUUUUAAAGAACACAUGGCAGAAAACAUCUCGUUACCAACCGACAGACACCUUCUCUAUGAAGAAAAAAUAACUCUUGCAGAAAGCUCAAGAUUCCUAGAUGUUUAUCUGUUUCUCUCUGAUGAUUUCCUCUUAGUUACAAAAACUAAGCACCACAAAAAGCGCCUGGGUGGCUCCGAUACUGGUUUCCUGUGUCCUUCACUCAUUCCUGAGCUGCAAACAGUAAUACAAGAGUGUGGUUCGUGUACUGUACUUGAUCAGCCUAUUGCACUAGACAGAUUGGUGGUCAGUAUUGAUCCACUCCACGUGUCAGCAUUCAGGUUGAGAAAUGCUUUCCUUGUACAACAUGAAAACAGGUCUUGACAGCGUAGAGUAGCAUUCUUAUUACAAGCCCAAACGGAAAACAUCAAAGAAACAUGGAUGGCAUAAAUAGCAGUGGUCUCUUGCUUCACCAAGAAUCAGGAAACCAAGAAUAUAUCUUUAUUUACAUUGUCUGCAAAAUCCUCUGAAAUUUAG